CAGAAAAGUAUCUUCAAGAAGCAAUACUUCCAUGCCAGAUUCCUUCAUCCACUUUACCUUCCAAGGGUCUGGGCCCUGGCUUUUCACAGUGGAGCAACCCCCCACCAUGGGUUUAGGAAGCUGACUGCCAUAUGUUGAUCUAGAUGGGUUGCCAGAGAUUAUGGGAAAUUUCUUGACUGGGGUGGCACUGGGAUGUUGUCUGUUGAUGGCUAAAGCAGAAUUUUCUCUCUUCCUGUCCAUCAAGGAGAACUAACACCUUUGCAGGAAAAAGUGAAAAAGUUCUUCGAAUCUGCAUAUUCUCUGUAUGUUGGCACAGUGCUUCUGAUGGGCUCCAUUAUAGCGGCAGCAAUGCUGACCUAUCUGUAUGUUAAGGAAGUGCAAAGGAGAGCCAUAUUUGAAGAAGGAACGACAAAGAUUCUGCAAAUGGUAGAAGACACCUUUCCGGAUCUUUUUGAGGCAGAUGAUAUCACAAAAUUCAAGAAAGCUGAGAAUAUAUCUGCAGCAAUAUCCGAAGAGAAAAAGAAAAUCAGUGAACUACAGCAGGCUAUUAGUGACAUUCACCACAGGUUACGUGAGGAAUGGAUUGUUUGGCAUGGAGCCCUAUAUAUAUUUGACUUCAUUGCCACCCCAAGGACUUGGAAACAGUGCAUACAAUACUGCGAAAGGAUGAAAUACGAAACAAAAUUGUUAUGUGUUGAAAGUGAUGAGGAGCAGGCCUUUGCUGUAUCCAGAGUGAAGAACAAACCGACCGAUUAUUUUAUUGGAGUUUCCAUGGUAGGCUCAGAAUGGCAUUGCUAUGAUAGAUCGUUUAGAAUCAAGAAACUCUACUGGGGUUAUAAUCUUCCAGCAAAUAAAGGUCCUGCAAAACCAGAUACAACCAACUGUGUCAUCAUCAGAAGGGGCUGUGAGCAUAUGUAUAGUUGUUGGCGUGAUGUUUAUUGCCACGACCUAAAACGGUGCAUCUGCAAAAGGAAGCCUAUUGAAAAGUGGAUGAAAUGACUGGAAAUCUGCACUCUUUGCCACCUUGUCAAUCCUGCUAUUCUGAGGCUGGAAAAGAGUCAUUGUUUUACACCUGCAAAGGCUUAGUUGGGUACUGAAAUAAAGUGUGGAAGAAUUCA